GGGCAGAACAGUACAAAUUCAUUGGGAAGUGAGAAUUCUUGGACCUUCCUUAAAUUCUCCCACCUGCCCCCUUUCCACAAUCCAUUUACUCCCUCCCUCAACCCUAUAAUAACCCUUUGGCUCUCUCUCUGUCUCUUAUCUGAGGUUUUUAAUCACUGUUAGAACAAAGGCCAAAAAACCCAACAACAAUGGGGUUUCUCCUGAGUAUCUAUGUUGGUGUUGUAGCUAUUAUGGUGGCCUCGGUGGCUCGAGGGGACCCUCUGGUUCCAAUGCUGUGUGUGUUCGGGGACUCGGUGGUGGAUGUGGGCAACAACAACCACCUCAACACUUUGAUCAAAUCAAACUUCCCUCCUUACGGCAGGGACUUUGUCACCCACACGCCCACUGGGAGGUUCUGCAAUGGAAAGCUUGCCACUGACUUCACUGCUGAAUACCUUGGGUUUGAUUCGUACCCUCCAGCUUACCUUAGCCAGGAUGCCAGAGGGAAGAACCUAUUAAUUGGUGCUAACUUUGCCUCGGCUGGUUCUGGUUUUUAUGACAGGACAGCACAGUUCUAUAGAGCAAUUUCACUGACCCAGCAGCUAGCAUACUACAAGGAGUACCAAGACAAAGUGGUGAGCAUGGUGGGAAAAGCCUCAGCAAACACCAUGUUCUCAGGUGGCAUCCACCUCUUGAGUGCAGGAAGCAGUGAUUUCAUUCAGAACUACUACAUCAACCCCAUGCUCCAGAGAACCUACACUCCUGAUCAGUUCUCUGAUAUCCUCAUCAGAUCCUUUUCUGCUUUUGUCCAGAAUUUGUAUGGAGUGGGAGUAAGAAGGAUUGGGGUGACAACACUACCACCAACUGGAUGUUUGCCAGCAGCCAUCACACUGUUUGGGGGAGGAAGUAACCAAUGUAUUGGGAGGCUGAAUCAAGAUGCUGUUGCCUUCAACAACAAACUAAGCACCACAGCCCAGUAUUUGAAGAGCAACUUUCCUGGUCUCAAAGUUGUGGUCUUUGAUAUCUACCAACCUCUCCUGGACUUAAUCACAAAGCCCAGUGAUCAAGGGUUCUUUGAGUCAAGGAAGGCAUGCUGUGGUACGGGUACGAUCGAAACAUCCAUGCUUUGCAAUGCCAGGUCCGUUGGAACAUGCUCAAAUGCAACACAGUAUGUGUUCUGGGAUGGAUUCCAUCCCUCUGAAGCAGCGAACAAAGUCAUAGCACAAGCUCUCCUUCAACAGGGAUUCGACCUUAUCUCUUGAAUACUACAUCAGCAGACCUCAUUUCCAAAAUUAGUUGCAAGAGUCUUCUAGGUUCUACUUCUUUCAUCUAUCUAUACAGUAGUAUUACAGUGUCUAUGAAAAUUGUGAGGGUGAGGUUUUGGUGGCUUUAGCUUCUUUGGGACUUUGGUUCUCAUGGAUGUUAUGUUUGUAAAACUCAGGUAUGAAGAGUAGAGGGUAGUUGGUUGAUGUUGAUGCUCCUAUUAAUAAGAGAACAUAUAGCAAAAUAAUAUAAGAUUAUAUGGCU